UUAUUUUUAUAAUAACAUAACUCACCACUAGUAUUUGUUAAAUGCAUAAAAACAAAAAAUCUAAAGUGAUUUCCUGUUUGAUUAAUUAAUAAAAUGUCAUCAUUCUGUUCAAAAGCAUCUUUAAUUUUAAGAAGAAAAAUGGCUGAGAUUCAGCCAUUGUUGAAUAACUAUCAACAGGAAAACGAUGAAGAAUUACAACAGCAGCAGCAGCCAAUGAUUGUAGCACACAACAACAACAUUAAUGUCAGAAAUCGUAGAAUUGCUUCUCUCGAUGUUUUCCGCGGUCUGUCUAUCUUUCUUAUGGUGCUAGUGGAUUAUGCGGGUUCUAGUUUACCUGCUAUUUCACAUGCCCCGUGGAAUGGUCUACACUUAGCAGACAUUGUCAUGCCUAUGUUUCUUUUCGCUGCUGGAGUAUCUCUUGCAAUUGUAUACAAGCAUCAGAAAGUUCAAAACAGAUACGAAGCCACAUGGAAAGCACUAGUAAGAGCAGCGAAACUUUUUCUUCUUGGUGUUUUUCUUCAAGGUGGCUACCUGCAUGGGAUUACUUCUUUAACAUACGGUGUUGAUGUUGAGACAAUACGUUUGCUCGGAAUUCUUCAGAGGAUAGCAAUUGGAUAUCUUGCCGCAGCAGUGUGUGAAAUAUGGCUUCCACGUCAAACCUGGAGAAAGGAAGCAUGCUUGAGGAAUUAUAUAUGGCAUUGGUGUGCUGUAUUUUUCUUGUGUGCCAUCUACAUCGGAUUGACAUAUGGCUUGUACGUUGCAGAUUGGCAAUUUAAAGACUUAAAUUCGCUAUCUUCUUUAGUUUCAGAAAAUGGAACUGCUAUUCAUACUGUGAAAUGUUCUGUUAGAGGUGAUCUUAGGCCUGCCUGCAAUGCUGCAGGAAUGAUAGACCGAUAUGUUCUUGGCAUAGAUCAUCUAUAUCAAAAGUCUGUUUACAGAAACCUGAAGGAAUGUAAUAUAUCAAAGGGUGGUCAAGUUCCAGAAUCUUCGCCUUCAUGGUGUCAUGCCCCUUUUGAACCUGAAGGCAUAUUAAGCUCUUUAACAGCUUCUGUGGCCUGCAUAAUUGGACUUCAAUAUGGUCACAUUUUGACCGAAAUACAGGGCCAUAAAGAUCGACUUUACAACUGGUGCCUGAUGUCAUUUUUGUUUUUAGUUCUUGGAUCCAUACUUGCUCUCGCAGGUAUUCCUGUAAAUAAAUCUUUGUACACUAUCAGUUACAUGCUGGUAACUUCAGCAGCAUCAGGAAUCACAUUUUGUGCAUUAUAUCUAGUGGUAGAUGUUUAUGGAUGGAGGCACAUAACGUUCGCCUUGGAAUGGAUGGGGAAACAUUCUUUAAGCAUUUUUAUUCUCGUCGCAUCAAACUUAUUUGUCAUUGCACUUCAAGGAUUCUACUGGAAAUCACCUCAUAAUAACAUCAUAUACUGGAUUGUGUCGCACGUUGUACAAAAAUAGCAACUCGGUGUAACUUGUUUUGCCUAUUGGUAUCGCUUUCCUAUACAUUCACACCAUUUAUUGCAAAGUGCCUUACACAAAGAGAUCGUGUAUUACGAUAUAUCAGGCUCAUGAUCUAACAUAUAGUUGUACACUUAUUAUACACAACUUUUAUACUCGUAAUAACUUUUUAGAGAUAGUUAUAGACUAGUUUUGUGUCUUCUUGGUCUGUAAUCCUUGAAUCUCAGAAAGAAAACUAGAUAAAAAGAAACAAUAUCUGAAUCUCUCUUUAUACAA